GGGUCAGGUGACGUACGCUGCCACGGUAUCGACACGAUCAUCCAGCAAUCUAUUGCCAGGGUAAUUAAUCACCAUGACGACGAUUUUCUGUGUCCGCGCAGCUAGGCCGACGUCAUGGUGACGUUGGAGUGGGUCCUCUUCGGCCGAUGUCGUGUUUCACAGCGCAAAACACUUGGCUUCGCUGAAAUGAUGGUCACCUCCACGUUCUUCGGAAUUGUAAUCCUCGUAAUUUGCCUAAAAAUAGACAACGUGUGCUCACAAAUCAAUGCGACAAUUAAAUAUAAUUCGGGACUGUCGCAGCACGUGUUGUGCCUCCUUCAGUGACGUCGCAAAGGUCGUAAUUGUGAUGACGAGCUGGAAAAUGUGACGUUUUGGAGCACAUUCUGCCGACUGAGCAGUGUGCACCAUGUGCGAAAUGAAUAACAAAUGGGUACUAUAUUAAAGUGCCACGUGUCAACCUCUAACUGCGCCGACAUGGACUAUGUCAAUGUUUUCAACCUAAAUCCUAGAUUAAGCUCGUAUUUACGGCUGACGGGCAGUUCCAUUUGCCGGCGGUGAGCGCGAGUAUAUCUCGUUUACGUGGAGCACUUGAAGGCGGCACCCUCGCUUGCUGUCAAGGAGAGUGGGCGGUCCGUCCGUCCGCGCCUGGAGCCCACGGACGACGGGAAACGAUGUUGCCAGUAGCGGGGAGUUGUGGCAGCGGGAGAGCGGCCAGAGUGAUAACGAUGGGAUCGGACUAGGAAAUCCCCCUCCAGUGAGCACUCGCCUCUGAGUUGCCAGUGUGUGUGUGUGUGUGUGCACGUGUCAGCCAGCAGCAGCAGCUCGAUCACAUUAGACACACUCUUUGUGUCGCCCCUCCUUUGGUCAAAGUGCCGCAUUGACAUUGUGACAGUCGCCCGGGGCCGUGGUCCCUGCAGCCUUCAUUGCCCCGAGCCUCCCGACGUCCAGGGUCAUCAUGGCGGAUGUAGUGCAGAUGCACUUCACCACGGUGGACUACGUGAUCUUUGCCUUGCUGCUCGUGGCCUCGACCGGCAUCGGCCUCUUUCAUGCCUUCUCCGGUGGCCGCCAACGCACAACACAGGAGUUCCUGAUGGCGGACCGCUCCAUGAGCUGCCUGCCCGUGUCUCUGUCCCUGCUGGCCACUUUCCAGUCGGCGGUGGCCAUCCUGGGGGCUCCAUCGGAGGUGUACACCUUCGGAACUCAGUACUGGUUCCUGGGCUGCUCCUACUUCCUGGGCCUGCUCAUCCCAGCUCAUGUUUUUAUACCAGUCUUCUACAGGCUGCAGCUCUCCAGUGCUUAUGAGUAUCUGGAACUUCGCUUCAACAAGACGGUUCGCAUAUGUGGGACUGUGACGUUCAUCUUUCAAAUGGUCAUUUAUAUGGGGGUGGUCCUGUAUGCUCCAGCCUUGGCGCUCAAUGCUGUGACGGGUUUUGACCUGUGGGGAGCGGUGCUGGCCAUGGGAUUGGUGUGCACUCUCUACACUGCUCUGGGGGGCCUGAAGGCGGUGAUUUGGACCGACGUGUUCCAGACAGUGGUGAUGUUUGCUGGACAGCUGGCGGUCAUCGUGGUGGGGGCCAGUCAGGCGGGGGGCAUAGGAGAGGUCUGGAGGAAAGCGGUCAACGGCAGCCGCAUUGCCGGACUAGAGCUUAACCCGGACCCCCUCGAGCGCCACACCUUCUGGACUCUGGGUGUGGGCGGAGUCUUCCUGAUGCUGGCGCUGUACGGGGUCAACCAGGCCCAGGUCCAGAGAUACCUCAGUUCUCGCUCAGAGAAAGAAGCUGUCAUGUCCUGCUAUGUGGUCUUCCCAUGCCAGCAGGUGGUCCUGUCUUUAGGCUGUCUGAUGGGUCUGGUCAUGUUUGCUCGGUAUGGAGAGGACAGCCCUCUGGACAAGGGCUACGUCAAAACCAAUGACCAGAUGGUGCUGUACUUUGUGAUGGAUGUAUUCAGGGAUCUGCCCGGGCUCCCAGGGCUGUUUGUCGCCUGUCUCUUCAGUGGAGCUCUCAGCACCAUCUCAUCAGCCUUCAACUCCCUAGCAACAGUAACCAUGGAGGACCUGAUUAAACCUCACUUUCCAAACAUGACAGAAGCUAAAGCCACACUGCUCUCCAAAGGACUCGCUUUGGCCUACGGCCUGGUGUGUCUGGGUAUGGCUUACGUCGCCUCCCUCAUGGGAUCUGUGCUGCAGGCAGCCUUCAGUAUCUUCGGGAUGGUUGGUGGUCCCCUGCUGGGCCUCUUCUGUCUAGGAAUGUUCUUCCCCUGGGCCAACUCGAUUGGUGCGGUGGUCGGACUGGUGGCCGGCCUCGCCAUGGCCUUCUGGAUCGGCAUCGGCAGCUUUGUGAUGCGCAUGUCUCCUUCCACACCGGCACCUGCACUCAACACCACUGCCCUGCCCUUGUUCCACAACAUGACCACCGCUGUCAUGACGACGCUGCUCAGCGCUUCCACUGCCAAGCCGAGGCCGACAGGUGUGGAGGCGCUGUACUCGUUGUCCUACAUGUGGUACAGUGCUCACAACUCAGCCGUCGUGGUGGUUGUGGGACUGGUAGUCAGCUUUCUCACAGGACCGAUGAAGGAGAAGGAUCUGACCCCCGGCACCGUGUUUCCGGUCCUGGGCACGCUGCUCUUCUUCCUGCCCGAGCGCUACAGAGAAAAGCUCUGCUGCGUCACCCCUCUGCCUAAGAAGCCCAAAGAAAUCAGCGCGCAGCCUUACCAAAUGGCCAAGAAGGACGGCAACGGUGCGGCUCACUGCAAAGACGACUCGGCCGACGAGCACAGAGACGCCGAGAGCGACGGAGCACAAACACGGGACGAAGGGUCCGAAAGAAAGAUCUCCCUACGUCCAGUCACAGAGAGUCGACAUAAACAGAGCCAUGUGUUCAGAUGGGGGGCGGUCGAAUCCUGCACUGCCAUGAUUUGUGCGCUUGUGAUGUGCAACACGUCCCUGCCAGUCGCCGUCACCCUACGUCCAUGUGGCGUCCAUGUUGCAUUCAGUUGUCGGAGCUCCUGAGCACAAUAUUCAGAAAGUUUUCAGGCCCCUUCACUUUUUUCACAUAUUAUGUCGUGGCCUUUUGCUAAAAUAAAAAAAAAAAAGAGUUUGCCUCAUCAAUCUAAACUCAAUUCCACAUAAUGACAAACUGAAACAGAUAAUUUUAUUAAAUCAUUAAAAGGGGAAUAACUGAAAUAUCACAUUGUCAAAGUAUUCAGACACUUUUUAUCUCACAUCUCAAAGAUGACACUUUGGUCAUCUUUGAGAUGUGUCUGCACCUCGACUCGGGUCCACCUGUGCCAUUCAACUGGUUUGACAUGAUUCGAUCUAGAAAAGCGCAUAUCAGAGCGUAAACCAAAGCCACGAAGUCGAGAGCAGCUGCCUGCGGAGAUCAGAGACGGGAUCGUGUGGAGGCACAGAUGUGGGGAAGGCUACACUCAAGGCUCAAUAGAUCCACAGUGGCCUCUAUGAUUCCUCGGCAGGCGCAGAUUGGAAGGAGCGGGGUCGCUCGGCCAGAAAGGAAGGAGGGACGUCGGCAAGAGAGCAUGUUUUGUCAUGAUCUUGUUCUGAGUGUAGACUCAAAAAUACAUUUUUUUUUAAUUUUGCCAUUUAACUGCAACGUGAAAAAAGAGAAGGGGGCCGAAUACUCUCCGAACGCACCGCAGCAGCGGACUCCCCCCUCUCAACACUUCCCUUUAGAAUCCCGCAGCUCUUCACAGGCGGGAAUAAUUACUCUGCAGAACCGCGUCUAGUGAAGCGGCCGGACGGGGCUGUCUUUUUCUCAGACCUGGUGUGAGGAGUGGAGGGGAGUUUGUCUUUAGCGGAUUUGAGCGGACACUUCUCAGACAGAUGCGCUGCCUGUUCUGUAGUUUUUUUCCAUUGUGUUCACACUCUCAGUGAACACAGAAUGAGCGGAGGUAACAAUGAAACCGUGUUGGCACACACAAAACUACUCGAAAGAAUUAGGCUCCUCCCUCACAGAAUGAGCUGGUGUGAAUGUUCCACAUCUUCUGUUUCCCCUUUAGAUUUUUUUUAAAGGUGACAUAUUGUGCAGAGCACUCUUUCAGUGUUUGUGCGCACAAAUGUGCGCGUCUGUGCCUAAGCCCCUACAGCCUGGCCCGAAACAAUUGGCUCAGACGUCUCUCCCGCUGUGAUGUCACAGUUCAUCUGGAGGCGGAGCUAAAAGAAAUCCAGGCGUUUUAGACGGAGGGUGAAAGGAGGAGCUGCAGGCACGGGCAGUGUGAGAACACUGAUUGCCUUUUCUGAACAUUAGAGCGUGAAAACCUUUCCAAAGUGGUAACCCCAAAUUCAAAGUAGGAACCUGAAAAUGGUGCAUAACGUGUCACCAUUAAAGGUUGUUUUUUUUUUUACAGCGACAAGUGGCUCAGUUACAUAUACAAACGUCCCACGUAAGAACUUGGCGGCCGCUCCCGCCCGAUGCGACCGCCCGGUACGAAGCCCAGCGCUGCUCAGUCACACACACAAGCCACGUGGACCGUAAGACGGACCUAGAUGAUUCAGUCGUCUCUGGUCGUUUUAAACCUAAUAAAUUGAAUGUUAUUUUUCUUUAAUCAAGUUCUUCGUCAGUGCCAUGUGACUUUGCGUAGUAGUGUGUGUGUGUGUGUGUGUGUGUGUAUAUAUAUGUGUGUCCUGGACCCUUUCGUCAUUCUCAUUGUAACGACCUUUUUUUUGGAAUCGCAGAAUUCUUGACCAUCACCGCUCGAGCGUCUGAAGUCAUCCGUGGUCACUGUGUCGUGUUUUGUACGUUGUGCCCGUGCUCUUUGACAGUGGACUCCACGCCAAGUGCACGCUGUGAUGUGAAUCGCUGUGCUUGUCAAACCACUCGUGACGUGGUCCCGGUCGAGUCCGUGUCCCUGGAGCCUUUCACACUCUCCGUUUCUCAGUCGCACGUGUAGUUCAGGUGCUCGGCCGACAGUCAGGCUGACGCGCGGUUCAGCAGCACAACUCUGCGUAGUUUUUUUGCAUCACAUUUCUUUGGGAAGGAUUAUGGACCCACGAGAUCCCUCUGAUGGAAUGUUUCAAAAAAAACAAAAAACUACAGCCCUCCAUCACACCACCUCCAUGUUUGUACCGUCACUCUGACGCUUAGAAAUACCUCAACUCAUCCAAAGCAUAUAGAAUAUGGAUUUUCUUUCAUGUUUUCUAUAUAUAUUUUUUAUUUACCAACAGAUGGUGUAUUUGAGAUGUUCAUUUGUACGUUGUGUUUUUUUUGUAAUUUCACGUGAAGCCUGCGAACAUUUCUUGAAAUGAAAUGUGGAAUUCUAUAUGCAAGGACCAUGCAAAUGUUUUUGGUUUGAUGGUGAACGCCGGGGCAGAAUUUGGGAACGUAGCGGUCACACCGAGUGGAGCACUAGCAGCCUCUACGUCCCAAAUUCUAUCUGUCAAAUUCGCACAUUUUUACUAAAACAUUUGAUGGUUCCAAUAGUUUUAUUUUUAAAAAUCUAAUUCCAUGUGACUGUGUGUACUUUUAUUUAAGAUAGCCUAAUGUGGAGUCCGCCUUCAUACCUGAAAUUACUUGAACGUGUUGUUUGAUGAUACACAAUUGAAGCCCACUUUAUAAUGUGAGGGAGCGUAAUUCAAGGGCCGAGAUUGAUAACAAUAAUAAUAUUAAUGCCGUUGAAGACGUUCCGGACGCACUGACUGCUGAGGCACCUGUUAAAGCACAAUGAGGUCGGCGCCCGGCGGUCCUGCUGCUGCUGCUGCUGCGGACUCUGACCGGAGCCAUCGGCCGGUGCACAGCAGCUCAGAGACAGCCGUCACGGUUUCACGCCGAUGUUUAGCUGUAGGUCUUUCUGGAAAUGUAGUACCUGAUUUCUUUUCAUCCAUUUGUGGCCUUCCGACAGUGAACCAGUCCGCACCGCGCGUUCAGAAGGCCGUGGACGCAAAGCGCCGAGUAAAAUCCAGCAACGAUAAAUAUUGUCCUGAACAAUAUUUAUUAUAUCGGUUCUCCCACGCCGCAAGAAUUCUUCCUGUUAUGCAUUCCAAAAAAAAAAACACAACCCCAUAAGCACUGGAGUCAAGACGGCUCCUCUGCUUUGGUCUGUGCCUUCAUUUUUGUGGUGAUUUAUUUCUCAGUGCUCUCGGACGUCUGUCCAGGAGAGGACCACACCUGCCUAAAUAAACGAAGGAUUUAGAUGUAAUCAUCUAUUUGUACAAUAAGGCUGAACAAAGAUUGGGUCUCUUUAAAUGGAAUAGGAGACUCCUGUGCCGUGUGUUGAGAUGGAGUAUGACACGGGGAAACGUAGGUGAUUUAAUAAAAAACAAUCAUCUAUUUGGCAGACGGUGAGAAAUUCAUGCCACCUACUUAUGAGCUUUUCUAGUAUGACAGUUGAGCAGGAGAGACAUGCAGACAUUAAUAUCUUCCGGGGGGAAGUGAGUGAGUUCAAUAAGCGGAGAUAUAUUAGAAAUUCAUUAACAUUAGCCAUUAAUAAGUACUUCUGUUGCUGUCUAAUAAUGUAUCAUGUAAGAGAAGGUCUUUUUGUCCCUUUAGCUGUUUCUCUGUUGUCUGGAUGUGUGGAUGUCAGAUUUUAAAUACGUUGUACUUGAAUUGAGACGUUAUUAAAAAAGAAUUCUGUGA